GAGCAUUUUAUAUAUGUCCAAAUUUAUGGGUAAUCUACUUGCAAUAUUCAAUUAAUUGCAGAAAAAAAAAAAAAGAAAAAAAAGAACAAUUGGUUGAAGCAUGGAAUAGACUGUAGAGCAAGAAAAAUGGUGGUUCAAGGAAAUAAAAGAGAUAUAGAACAAAAAAGGAAGCAAAAGUUUCCAUGGAUUCUCAGGUUUUGGUGGCGCUUGCUCUCUCUCUCGUCGGUGGAUUGAGUACUUCUCUAGGUGCUCUUUUCGUAAUUCUUAAUCAAGCUCCCAAUUUGAAAAUGCUCGGGCUUUUACAGGGUUUUGCUGCAGGUCUAAUGUUGAGCAUAUCAUUCCUUGAUUUAGCUCAUAACGCUAUGAACUCAAUUGGUUUCUUGAAAGGCAACCUCUGGUUUUUUUCUGGUGUUAUCUUCUUUGCUGUGGUUGCCAAUUUUAUACCCGAGCCUACCCUAUCUCACAGUUCUGAGGUGAAAGGCAAAAAGAACAAGGGUGAUGAAGGGGGCAAGGAUAUGAUGAAAAAGCAUCGACGGCAGGUUUUUUUCAGUGGAAUUAUUACAGCAAUAGGCAUAAGCUUGCAUAAUUUUCCCGAGGGGAUGGCAGUUUUCCUUGGAUCCAUGAAGGGCCUUCGUGUCGGUCUUAAUUUGGCUUUGGCCAUUGCUUUGCACAACAUCCCAGAGGGUGUUGCUGUUGCACUGCCUGUUUAUUUUGCUACACAGAGCAAGUGGCAGGCAUUCAAGUUGGCAACUCUUUCUGGUUUUGCGGAGCCUCUCGGCGUUGUAAUUGUUGCUUAUCUGUUCCCGAGCAGCUUAAGUCCCGAAAUUCUCGAGGGCUUGUUAGGAUCAGUUGGUGGGGUGAUGGCCUUCCUAACAUUACAUGAAAUGCUGCCAUUGGCAUUUGACUAUGCCGGGCAGAAGCAAGCUGUCAAGGCUGUGUUCUUCGGGAUGGCUUUCAUGUCUGCAAGCCUAUACUUUCUCGAACUAAGCUUACCGAAGGACAUGAGCUUGUAACCUCUUUCCAUAUGAACAAAAAAAUGUUGUAAAUUCCUGAACCAAGAUGUUUUAUUUAGUUGAUUUCUCUGAUAAUUUUAGCCAAACUAUGAGAUAUCUUAAAAGCAAAAAGGAUGAACAGCCCCAGUUUGCAAUGUACAUAAUUUGUUUCCUUGUAACAACAUGAGCAUUGAAAAGGGGGAAAAAAAAGAGGGGGUUACAAAUAAAUUUAUGGAUACUGUAUUUUUAUAUACCUUGACUGUUUAAUUUCCUUACAAACCUCAUUUUUAUUUCUUUAACAAA